AUGGCGCAUCGCGACAUGGAUGUCGUCAUGCCUUGGGAGUGUCGUGAUGUGGAGGACCAGGCCGAAGCUCACUUCAAUGCACCCCUGCGCAGCAAGAACAAGGCACUUACAGACGAGAAUGCCAGGCUCAAGAAGCUGCUUCGCGAGAACGGAAUCUCCUGGUCGCCCGUUUCAGCCAACUACCAGAAGCAUCACCGCCCCAACGGUCGGCGCACCCGGUCUUCCAUCUGCUCCGAGUCUCACGCGUAUCCAUACCUGCCGACCGAAGUGCUGCUGCGAAUUCUGAAGUACUCCUUGACGUCUAACAACCCCAUCAUUGAUCCCUUGUCCAAGCUCAAGCCCGAGAACCUCACUGCUGUGGAGCGUACCCGCGACAAUCAAAUCGCCAUUCACUUCUUGGCUACCUGUAAGGCCAUGUACGAGGAGGGAAGCCGCAUUCUGUGGAACCAAAACAGCUUUGUCUUCACCAACCCCGAUGCAGUCCGCAACUUCGCAGACCUCGACUUCGCCUACCGCAAGAACGUGAAGCACGUCAAUUUCCGCAUCAUAGCACAGUACUUUGACGACAAGAGGCGGAAGCAUAAGCUCGACCGGUCCUACCAUCCGUCUCUCAAGAAUGACGUAACUCUUCGGACUAUUCCCCGUGUCAACGAGCACACCUACGCCCGUGCCGGCUUCCGCUGCUACACAUGGGGCCAGGUGACAGAUUUCUUGCGUGCCCUUCGCGCCCCGUACGACCCCAAGCACGACAAGAAGCUUGUUCGACCUCGGCUGUUCCCCAACCUCGAAUCGCUCCGCAUCGACCUCGUCAACUUCAUGGACGACUUUCUGCCAAUGCCUGGUAGCGACCUCCACGACAUGGCGUCGCAUGAGCUGGGAUGCUCGCUCAACGAGUUGCAAGUGACUGGAUUGCCGAUAGAUGACGCGGGCAGCAAGGCGACAGCGGAGCUUACCGGACUGCUCAGAGACGAGGGUCUUUUCUUGGCCGGCUUGCCUUCAUUCGUCCAGCUGAAGAACAACUUCAAGGCCCUCUCUGGCAUCUCCAGCUGCGCGCGUGUUGUGAGGGCUUGGAAGACGCUGAAGCCCAAGAAGACUGAAGGAGACGCUGACGAUCACGACUCGGACUCGGACUUGGACUUUGACGACCACCAUCACCCCCGUGAGCCCAUCAUGCCUCCUGCGCCACGGGAAACGGGUCACCCAAAGUCAACUCCUAGCCGCAAGGAUCUCACGAUCUGGAAGCGAGUCCCUAAGACUAGAGACGGAGACGAGCGCCAGUGGACUGAGUUCUGUCGUAGCAGCGGCUACCCCAUGGAGGACGUCGAGGAGUACAUGAGUGACGACGAGCUUGGUGUCUGCCCUUGCUGCGGAGAGCCCCAUCCUAGUUUGUUGGAGCUUCUCGAGAUGGAGGGCGACGAUGAUGACGAGCUUUGA